AAGCAAAAGCUUUCCUUGACCGCUUUAGACAUCUCCUCAUGGCGGAACCCCAGGAGUCGGAGAAAAGCUCGGAACUCGUCUCCGUGAACGACAUCAAGCGGGUCUUCACGCGCUACGACACCAACGGCGACGGCAAGAUCUCACCGUCGGAGCUUGCCGACGUGAUGCGCGCCCUCGGAUCCGAGGUCUCCGACGAGGAGCUGAAAGCCAUGAUGGCGGAGCUGGACUCUGACGGCGAUGGCUUCGUGGAUCUGAAGGAGUUCGUCGCGUUCCACCGCGGGCUGGGCGAAAAGGAGGAAGAGCUGAGGGACGCGUUCGCGAUGUACGAUCUGGACCGGGACGGGCAGAUCUCGGCGAAGGAGCUCCAUCUGGUGCUGAAACAAUUGGGGGAGAAGUGCUCCGUCCAUGACUGCUCCAGGAUGAUCCGGUCCGUCGAUUCGGACGGAGAUGGAAGCGUGAACUUCGAGGAGUUCAAGAUGAUGAUGACGAACGGCGGGGAGAGGAAGGGCUCUGGAGGCGAUCCAUCUCCAUUGCCAUCGCCGUCCUCCCGUUGAUGUGGGAUAUCGUGGUUCUAAUUUCUUUCACAAGGAUUAGAUGAGUUUUAGAUGGAGAUUAGAGUUCCGUCACUCGCUCUAUUGAAUUUCUCGUGUCAUUUUGAGACGUCUUUUUAGUAAUUAAUUUAGCUUUAAAAGAACUUCCUUUGC